AUUCUAGGAAGAUCUCUCCCUUUUGUUCAUUUCAUCGAGGACGGACUUGGAGAAAUCUACGAAAUGGCGCUUCGUGCACUCAGAAGAAAUCUGUCUAGAGCUUUGAAGCCCCUGCCACCAUCGUCUUCCAUAACAAGCGAAACCUAUUCUCUAUUCACUAUUUCUAACCGUCAAUCUCCGGUAUCUUCAACUUCUGCCAAUUCUCCUCUUUCCCCAACCCAAACUUUCUUCGGCAACGCCAUAUGCUCGCGCUGCUUCUCUUCUCUCGGCGAAGAGCCGCAUGGUCCUGCCCCGCUUAAUCACAGCUCUAUGUUGCAGGAAGAUGAGUAUCACAGGUUGGCUAAUUCUACCAUCCAUGGACUUCUUGAGAACCUAGAGGAAUAUGGUGAUUCUGUAGAGAUUGAGGGAUUUGAUGUUGACUAUGGGAAUGAGGUGUUAACCUUGAAGCUCGGGGAUUUGGGAACUUAUGUUAUAAAUAAGCAAACACCAAACCGACAGAUUUGGAUGUCUUCUCCCAUCAGCGGUCCCUCUAGGUUUGACUGGGAUCAAGAUGCUCAAGCAUGGAUUUACCGACGAACGAAAGGAAACCUGAAUAAAAUUUUAGAAGCUGAGUUGGAAAAGCUGUGUGGGCAACCCAUUAAUCUUUCUUAAGCUAAUUUUAUUUUUAUUGAAAGGACAAUUCUGACAUACAUGAAACUGUAUUCUCUCCGAGUCUUUGGCACCAUGUUUUUUUAUAUUCACAAGCACACAUCGGGCUUAUGGCAUUCUUAAGCACUCACUGUAAUAAAUAAGCUGUAUUUCAAUGGUAUGUUGCUUAUGUUGUAAUAAUGCAUUGACUAGUCACCUAGUUAA